AUGCGUCUUUUCCUCAACUUUGAACAGAACGUUUCGCCUACAGCGAAGCUGACAAGUAACGCCACGCCUCGAAGCCCAGUCGGUGCUGGUGAGGAAAGCUUUCAGUGUAAGAAGUCACUUUCACCGCCGUCUGCAUGUCGCGAGUCAGCCAACGCUCCACCCCCACCUCCAUCCCCUCUAGUUCCAUUCUGUCCCUCCACCUCCAUCUCUACCUCCUCCAAACUCGACUCCACCGUCUCGGGUAUUUCUGCAUCUAAUCGCGUAAAUGGGUGUUCCCCGCCUUCGUCCUCCAUCUCCUUCUCUGACGGCUCAGCCUCAGAGACGACGAAAGUCAAAUCCCCUCCGCCCGUCAAAACUCGACCUGAACCACCAGUUCGCCGUACUCCUGAGUUUAAUGGCCCCGUUGCGCCCGCUUCACGUAAAAUUGGUCUACUUGAGGUGGACACAACUCAGGUUGGAGCAGUAUUAGUAGCUGUAGCGGCAACAGAAAUGGAGUCGGUGGAGGACGAGAAGCAUAUCGGUUCCUUGUCACCUCCUCCGCCACCCCCCCAAAUGCAGUUGCAUUAUCCAUAUCCGGGUAUGCAGGGAAACACACACCAUCCACCCGUUCGCACCCCUCGGUCUGCCUUUGGUGGCGGACAUUUCGGCGCUUCCUCCUCCGCCUCCCACUUUUCCGGUGCACGAGUUCCUCUACGUUCCCCUACCUCGCCUCCCACUGCACCUGCCUCCCACCAAUUUCCCUAUGUUCAACCGCAGCGGGUUUUCUCCUCGGGUUCGCGGUUCGCCGGUGGUUGUGGCAGUGGAUUACGUAAAACAGCUCCCAUAUUGCCCCAACAGACGCGGGCCAGUACCGUAUCUGCAUCCCAGGGAGGUCCAAUUCGGUCUGCUCCAACUGCGGCGCCUCGUGUGGUCGUGACGACCCGCGCCGCUGCUGCGGCGGGUCAGGGAAACCUGUAUAUAAAUGGGAAAUAG